AUGGUGCUUCCUUCCAUUCACGAUGACAAGGAGAGGAGUGCUGUGGGGCGCUGCAGGGAUACCUCAAUUCCUGUGUUGAUUAAUGGCGUGCGGGGGGACCCUUCAUUUAGGCGUGUUGAGGAGGUUCUUGAUGCACCUGGUGGCAGUGAGGGUCGGUGCUGUCGGUUUGUUACGGUGCACCUGGCUGCUGCAUUAUAUCUUCCAGUCCUUCAGCAUCUACCCCGCCGUCAAGCAUCCGAUGAAUCCCGGAGGUGGUUUAUUUGGCGUAAUUUCAGUGAAGAGACACUGUGCAUUCGUCGGUUCACCGUGGAGAGGCAGGUGGGCGGCGACUUUGCUUCCUCUCUGGUGAUUGCAGCGGGUGCUGAGGCUGGUGAGUGGGUAACCCUUCCUUCACGCCGUGGCAAUUGCGCCUCGGCACAGGAGGCGUUUUCCGUCACUCUUUGCCGCAAUGGCGGGGAAAGGGCAAACGUCAUGGUUGGCUUCGUAGUGGAGGUGGUGACGAUGCUUCCAUCUUGGUGUGGCGAGGUGGCGGAGGAAACGGCUCUCGUUGAACCCUCGUCGUUGGUGAGAGAAGGGGGGGAGGCCAUCAAGAAGUAUCAGCAUGUUGUGAAAUACGGCUUGACAAUUACAUGGUAG